CGCAGGGUGGGGGAGCCGUAUGGUAGAGGAGCAGAGAUUCCGUCUAACGGAGAAGCACGGAAAGAGAAAACGGGCGAGAAACAUGAGUCGAAGUCGCCCCGGUGAAGGUUUCCAUCAUGAAGGAAUAUAAACCUCCGACAUUUGUGAUUAAAAGAAGCGGCGGAGGACGCGAAGUGUGAGUGGAAGGAGAGCGGAAGCGCACGAACGAAGUGGCGCGUCCAGAAGCGACUGCAGGCGUCUGACAGCGAGCUCGGGAACUCCGCUGAAUGUUGGUCUGUGUAACUCCACUUUGAGACGAGUUUCAAGGUUCCUUUUUUUGUUUUGUUUCGUCGCGGUUUAGACUUUGUUUGAGGUCUUAUUUCGGUGCCAUUUACCUCGGAGGUGCGACUCCUUCCUGGAUCGAGUUGCCGUGGUAAACAGAGGUCGAGUGUGGAAGCAGUGUCUGUAAAAGCAGGCCGUCAGCGGCUUGUCAUGUUGCUCUUUUUAACACGCGGAAACGUUUGGCUUCUGACCCAACGGCUUGGAUUCAAACUUUUUUAAACCCUGUUUCUUCACCACUGGUGACCCCCAAAGGACGGGGCCCGUACAGGGAGUUGCAGCUUGGACGGUCCUGUCAGAAGAACUUUGUGUGGAACUACACGUCUUUGUGAAAUCGAUACGCUGCAGUGGACGGCUUUGUUUACACGUAUCUGUGUUGUCACAGUGUUUCAGGAUUGCAUUAUUUUAUGGUUUCAAAAGGACCACCUUGUAUGCAGACUGUAGGCAGGUCAAGGGGGGCAGAGUGACCCUGGCAGCUCUCUGGCUCUGUGGAGCUGUGGCUGUACAGACUGUGUAACAUCGUCAGUGCAUGGCUGUGUGUGUGUCACUGGAUUAAUCUGAGUGAUAACAUCACUCCACACUGCUCCACUCUGACCAGUGACCAGUACCCCCCCUCCAGAAAGCGCCAGUAAUUGGAGCUAUUUUUAGUGUAAGGGAUGGGGUAAAAGCAGGCAGCUGGAAACCCAACUCCCCUCCUCCUCCUCCUUCUCUUCUGUCCCUUCUGUCACACUACCUUGCUCAGCCCACCUGGCAGUAUGCUGGGUAAGCCUGGUUAGCAACACAGACUUCACUUACAGCUAGGUAAUGUGCUCCAUUACUAGGCUGGAAGAAUAACAAAAGUUGGAUUUCCUGCUGAAUAAUUGUGUCCAAACUUACCCUGGAGUUUUGUUAACGUGGGGGUAUCAGUUGUAUUGUGUUCUACUGGAUACGCCUGCGUUGGACAUACAUUUUGGAACACUACUUAGAAGAUGUCUAAAGGACUACUAACUGUGUACUUCUACUAACUACGCCUUUACCCCUUAGAUGUUUAGCUCAAACUCUUAAAUCGGAGUAGCCACUUGUUAACAUAGUAUAUUAUAGGAGAAACCUACCUUCGACUACCUACAACAUUGGUCACCAGCGGUCUGGAGAGGCACAAUCCUCCAGCACACAGAAAGAAUGCAUGAAACUGCCGAAACAGACAUAAAUAAAAGCUAUCCUGACUAACCAAAUAUCCUAUUUCCUCCCACUCCCCAUACCCAUAGAGAAACAAAAUAUAUAUGUAGAAUGAGAGAUUAUAUCUUUAGUGUAACUUCACAGAAUACAGAGAUCGCAUCCUUUAUAUUUUUACUUCAGAGAGACAAGCUGCCUGUACACCAGUUGGUUGCCUUAGAAACCACAGUCACAAAAAAAUCUUACAAGAGAAAUAAGCCAGAGAAGACGGUGCCUUUUGAUUGGUCGGUUGGUUUCCCACCAUUUCAAGAUUCGUUGAUUUAGUUGGAUGUAAACUGUUGAAGUGAACUCUGGGAUUGAAAACACGCCUGAUGACAGUUACCCGACCCCUUACAAGCCCCGCCCACCUGUCAGAGUGUUUUGACUGACAGUAUUUCCUUGCUGGAUUGAACAAUUGCCAAGCAUUUCCAUGGUGAUCACGUCAUCAUCUGUGGAGGACAAGACCGUGCCCUCUUGCAGGAUGGUCCAGUCCGAACCGUGGAUAACCUCUGCCCUGCUUCGCAAGAACAAGAGUGUAAGCAGCUCAGGAUGUCCGCCCACCUCCUCCUCCUCCUCCUCCUCCUCCUCCUCCACUGCCCAGGGCUUCUCCCUCGCUGAGCCAGCCAUGACCAGCCAGCACACACAUACACACCCCAACUUCAGCUCCAUCCACUCCAUGGCCGAGCAGCAGCAGGUGCUGUCUGAUAUGACCAUACUCCAGCGGAGGAUCCCCCCCAGUUUCAGAGACCCUGCCAGCGCCCCACUGAGGAAACUCUCUGUUGACCUCAUCAAAACUUACAAGCACAUCAAUGAGGUGUACUAUACUAAAAAGAAGCGGCGGGCCCAGCAGGUCCCUCCAGAGGACAGCAGCACCAAGAAGGAGAGGAAAGUCUACAAUGAUGGUUAUGACGACGACAACUACGACUAUAUUGUGAAAAAUGGAGAGAAGUGGCUGGACCGCUAUGAGAUAGACUCACUGAUUGGGAAGGGCUCCUUCGGACAGGUGGUGAAGGCCUACGACCACCAUGAGCAGGAGUGGGUUGCCAUAAAGAUCAUCAAGAACAAAAAGGCAUUUCUAAACCAGGCACAGAUUGAACUACGCCUGCUGGAGCUCAUGAACAAGCAUGACACCGAGAUGAAAUAUUACAUAGUCCACCUGAAGCGUCACUUUAUGUUUAGGAACCAUCUCUGUUUGGUGUUUGAGUUGCUGAGCUACAACCUCUACGAUCUGCUGAGGAACACCAACUUCAGAGGAGUCUCCCUCAACCUCACCAGGAAAUUUGCACAGCAGCUCUGUACAGCGUUAUUAUUCCUGGCCACUCCGGAGCUGUCAAUCAUUCACUGCGACCUGAAACCAGAGAACAUCCUGCUGUGUAACCCCAAGAGAUCUGCCAUCAAGAUAGUCGACUUUGGUUCCUCCUGCCAGCUUGGACAGAGGAUCUAUCAGUACAUCCAGAGCAGGUUCUACCGCUCUCCCGAGGUUCUGUUGGGAAUGCCGUAUGACUUGGCCAUCGACAUGUGGUCUCUGGGAUGCAUCCUGGUGGAGAUGCACACAGGAGAGCCUCUCUUCAGUGGCUCCAAUGAGGUCGACCAGAUGAAUAAGAUUGUGGAGGUCCUGGGAGUCCCUCCCAGCCACAUGUUAGAUGCAGCUCCUAAAGCCAGGAAGUAUUUUGACAAGCUUUCAGACGGCCUGUGGACAGUGAAGAAGAACAAGGACAUCAAGAAGGAGUAUAAGCCCCCUGCCACGCGGCGUCUCCAUGAGAUUCUAGGUGUGGAGACCGGGGGCCCAGGGGGCAGAAGGGCAGGAGAGCCAGGACACGCCCCCUGCGACUACCUGAAAUUUAAAGACUUGAUCCUGCGCAUGUUGGACUAUGACCCUAAAAGCCGCAUCACGCCAUUCUACGCCCUGCAGCACAAUUUCUUCAAGAAGACGACAGAUGAAGGAACUAACACCAGUUCAUCGACAUCCACCUCUCCUGCCAUGGACCACUCCCAUUCAACCUCCACUACUAGCUCUGUUUCCAGCUCUGGUGGCUCCAGUGGUUCUUCCAAUGACAACCGCAACUACCGCUACAGUAACCGCUACUACAACUCUGCUGUUACACAUUCAGACUAUGAGAUGACCAGCCCUCAGGCUCCCUCCCAGCAGCAGAUGAGGAUGUGGCCAGGCAGUGAUGGUGGAGGUGGGGGUCAGGACCCAGCAUACACCCAGUUGCUGCUCCACAAGCCGGCUGCCACCCAGCAACACCAGCGCCACUUCCUGGACGCCGCCCACCACCCCCACCCGACUUACUCCCACCACGGGAAUGGUGGGCGUGGCCUGCGGCAGAGCGGACAAACGGGCAUCGGUGGAGGGGGGGGCCAACAGGGAUCCUCGCCCCAGAUGAGUGACAGCAUGGAUGUGGGCGUGUCCCUAGGGCUGCACCACCUGGGGGCGGUGUCUUCCAUGGAGGCCUCUCAGUUUGGCUCAGCCUCCUUGCCCCUUGCUCUGCCAAUUGGACUGUCUGCCUUCCGGACUCGGACGGCCCCCACCGCCCCAGGGCCACAAGCCCCGACCCCUGAGGACUACUACCCUGCCUCCAACAACAAUAACCCCGCUGCGGGGGGCAGAGGGAGGCCGGACUCAGACGAGGGGCCAGCCAACUCUUGAUAAAACCUGAACCAUGCCCUAAAGCCAUACAAUUUUAACUACAACUACUACAACUACACACAAACAGCCAGAGUUCAGAGACAAAGAGUUGAACUUUGUGCUGAAAGAGACAGUUUCUACUGCAUGAGAGGAGGAGGAGGAAGGAGGAGGAUGCUGGGAAAACUCUCCUUUUAUCCGGUUUUAGUUUGUUGUCUUUUUUUGCAACUGUAAUUGGAAAAGGAAUGAUUGUGACAAGUUUGUUUUUAUUAAUAUUAUUAUUAUUAUUGUUGUUUAAUAUUUGAUUUUUUUCUUUCUCGGGUUUGAGGAGUUGUGUGUUCUACUUGGUUGUUGUUUAAGCCUGGGGAGGAGGAGGAGGACGAAGAGGAAAGAGAGGAGCCAUGCUUUUCCACUGUCAGUGGACAGAGAGCACAUGUUCACACUGGUUAGUUGUUUUUUUUGUUUUUUUUGUUUUUUAGCAUUUUUCAUAAUUUUGCAGCCUUUAGAGGUGAGCAGUCUUAACACACACAAACACACACAUACAUACAUAUAUAUAUUAUAUGUAUACAUAUAUAUGUAUGUAUUACCGCUGCAUCAAGAAGACGGAAGCUGGUUUCAAAGGGAGAAAACACCAACAAAUUGUAUGUUUGAUUCAGGACUCAUGGAUUCUCUUUCCUGUCUGUGUUCAGCUCACUUUUUCUUUGACUUCGUGUCCUCCCUCUGUUGCUCCCCGCCUGCCUGCUCGUUGUUGCAGAAUACGGAGAGAGAGGGGGAGGGAGGGAGGUGGAGGGAGGAGAAGGUGACAGGACACUGAUGCUGUGCUGGUGCUCAUAGGGAUCUCCUUCUCCUCCUCAUCCUCCUCUUUUCCCCGCUCUAUUCUACAUCUCCUCCUCCUCCUGUUGUGUUUCUCCUCCAGACAGCUCCUCCUCUCUGUGCUGCUAAUCACCAUGACAACUGGUCCGGAUUGCUGCUAAAGAUCCAACACAGAUCAAUUAAAGAAAUAAAAAGAAAUAGAAACAGAAAUAAAAAAAAAAACUUUUUAACCCUUCUGCUUAAGAGAAAAGGAUAAAGUAAGAACCACUGCAUCUCAAUGUAUUUAUUACUAUUUAACAAGAAAAAACAAACUGAAAGUAACCCUUUUUUCUGCUCUUCUUUGUUUGGUUGCCUUCUUUCUGCAGGUGAGCUCUGAUUGGCUAUUGUAACAGUGACAGUAACUGGUGACAUGGGAAUGCCACCGGUUGUGGGGGCUGGGUGGAGGGGAGGGGUUGGGGCAAAAUAAAGUUGGAUAUAUAAUAAGAAUAAAGAGUAUACUUUUGCACACCAAAGUCAAACAAA